CUCUUUCAAUUUUUUCCCCCGUCUUUCCGGAGCACGAAUCCAAACAUUUUCCAAACCAACAAAGAAAAGUUCGCACGCUGGCACGGUGGCUCGGACGGGCUGGCACUGCUGCCGGGUCCCCCUCCCUCCGACACUUAACUCAACUUGCAAGCAAGUGUGUGUGUGUGUGUGUGUGUGUGUGUGUGUGUGUGUGCCCCUACCUCCCGCCCCGGUAACUUCCAUAGCGAAUAACGAAUACCCAUAAAGUCCCUGCCGCGCAGCCCCUCCCCGCGGGCAGCGCACUAUGCUGCUCCGGUGGGCGUCCCUGUUGAUGCUGUGCGCGCUCCGCCUGGCCCUGGUUGCCGCCGGCUCCGCCGCCGCACCUGCCCAGGAUAAAGCCGGGCAGCCUCGUACUGCUGCAGGGGCCGCCCAGCCCCACCGGCCGCAGGCGGAGGAGGCGCAGGAGCGGGCCGAGCCUCCGGGCCAUCCGCACGCCCUGGAGCCUCAGCGCAGGAGCGGCGGGCUCGUGCAGAACAUCGACCAGAUCUACUCGGGCGGCGGCAAGGUGGGCUACCUAGUAUACGCCGGGGGCCGGAGAUUCCUCCUUGACCUGGAGCGGGAUGAUUCGGUGGGCGCCGCUGGCUUUGUGCCCGCAGGAGGCGGGCGGAGCGCAACCCGGCGCCACCGGGGCCACUGCUUCUACCGGGGCACGGUGGACGGCAGCCCCCGCUCCUUGGCUGUCUUUGACCUCUGCGGUGGUCUCGACGGCUUCUUCGCGGUUAAGCACGCGCGCUACACCCUGAAGCCACUACUGCGCGGGCCCUGGGCCGAGGCAGAGGCUGGGCGCCUGUACGGAGACGGGUCGGCUCGGAUCCCGCACGCUUACACUCGCGAGGGCUUCAGCUUUGAGGCCCUGCCGCCGCGCGCCAGCUGCGAGACGCCCGCAUCUCCGCCAGGGCCGCGGGAGCGCCCCCCUCCGCAUAGCAGCGCGGACCGACGCUGGACGCUUGCCCCGCAGCUCCUGGACCAGUCGGCUCCCUCGUACGAUGGGGACCAGGGACCACAGACGUGGUGGCGGCGGCGGCGCCGCUCCAUCUCCCGGGCCCGCCAGGUGGAGCUGCUCCUGGUAGCUGACGCGUCCAUGGCUCAGAUGUAUGGCCGGGGCCUGCAGCAUUACCUGCUGACACUGGCAUCCAUCGCCAACCGGCUGUACAGUCACGCCAGCAUCGAGAACCACAUCCGUCUGGCCGUAGUGAAGGUGGUGGUGCUGGGCGACAGGGACAAGAGCCUGGAAGUGAGCAAGAACGCGGCCACCACUCUCAAGAACUUUUGCAAGUGGCAGCAUCAGCACAACCAGCUAGGAGAUGACCAUGAUGAGCACUACGACGCGGCCAUCCUGUUCACUCGAGAGGAUUUAUGUGGGCAUCAUUCAUGUGACACCCUGGGAAUGGCAGACGUUGGGACCAUAUGUUCUCCGGAGCGCAGCUGUGCUGUGAUUGAAGACGAUGGCCUCCACGCAGCUUUCACUGUGGCUCACGAAAUUGGACAUCUACUUGGCCUGUCUCAUGAUGAUUCCAAGUUCUGUGAAGAGAAUUUUGGUUCCACAGAAGAUAAGCGCUUAAUGUCUUCCAUCCUGACCAGCAUUGAUGCGUCCAAGCCCUGGUCCAAAUGUGCUUCAGCCACCAUCACAGAAUUCCUGGAUGAUGGCCAUGGUAACUGUUUGCUAGACCUACCUCGCAAGCAGAUCCUGGGCCCUGAAGAACUCCCAGGACAGACCUACGAUGCCACCCAGCAGUGCAACCUGACCUUCGGGCCUGAGUACUCAGUGUGCCCUGGCAUGGACGUUUGUGCUCGCCUGUGGUGCGCGGUGGUACGCCAGGGCCAGAUGGUGUGUCUGACCAAGAAGCUGCCAGCCGUGGAGGGGACACCCUGUGGGAAAGGAAGGAUUUGCCUGCAGGGCAAGUGUGUGGACAAAACCAAGAAAAAAUAUUAUUCAACAUCAAGCCAUGGCAACUGGGGGUCCUGGGGGUCCUGGGGCCAAUGUUCUCGCUCAUGUGGAGGAGGAGUACAGUUUGCCUAUCGCCACUGCAAUAACCCAGCCCCCAGAAACAAUGGCCGCUACUGCACAGGAAAGAGGGCCAUCUAUCGUUCCUGUAGUGUUAUGCCCUGCCCAGCUAACGGUAAAUCUUUUCGUCAUGAGCAAUGUGAGGCCAAAAAUGGAUAUCAGUCUGAUGCAAAAGGAGUUAAAACAUUUGUGGAAUGGGUUCCCAAAUACGCUGGCGUCCUGCCAGGGGAUGUGUGCAAACUGACCUGCAGAGCUAAGGGCACCGGCUACUAUGUGGUGUUUUCUCCAAAGGUGACUGAUGGAACUGAAUGUAGGCCAUAUAGUAAUUCCGUCUGCGUCCGGGGAAGGUGUGUGCGAACUGGCUGUGAUAGCAUCAUUGGCUCAAAGCUGCAGUAUGACAAGUGUGGAGUAUGUGGAGGAGACAACUCCAGUUGCACAAAGAUUGUUGGAACCUUCAAUAAAAAAAGUAAGGGUUACACUGAUGUUGUGAGGAUCCCCGAAGGGGCAACCCACAUAAAAGUCCGACAGUUUAAAGCCAAAGACCAGACUAGAUUCACUGCCUACUUAGCCCUAAAGAAGAAAAAUGGUGAGUACCUUAUCAAUGGAAAGUACAUGAUCUCCACUUCAGAAACAAUCAUCGACAUCAAUGGAACAGUCAUGAACUACAGCGGCUGGAGCCAUAGGGAUGACUUCCUGCAUGGAAUGGGCUAUUCAGCCACGAAGGAAAUUCUAAUAGUGCAGAUUCUUGCAACAGACCCAACGAAAGCAUUAGAUGUCCGUUACAGUUUUUUUGUUCCCAAGAAGUCCACUCAGAAAGGAAACUCUGUCACUAGCAAUAAAGUGGGAUCACACACGCCACAGCCGCAGUGGGUGACGGGCCCAUGGCUCGCCUGUUCUAGGACCUGUGACACGGGCUGGCACACCCGGACGGUGCAGUGCCAGGAUGGAAACCGGAAGUUAGCGAAGGGAUGUCUUCUCUCUCAGAGGCCUUCUGCAUUUAAGCAAUGCUUGCUAAAGAAAUGUUAGCCUGUGGUUUUGGUCUUAUGCAAAGAUCAACUGGAUGAUUCAUCACUGAUUGGUUGUGGUGAACAAGAGGUCUACCUAAAGCAUAGAAAGUCACGCUUCGGUGUUGUCGUCGACAGGAGUCCGAUUAUGGGCAGAAUCUGCUCUCCGUGACCAAAGGAAGAUGUGCACUAUUUCAUGUGACAGUGGUGACCUUGGAAUAUAGAAAAACUUGGCAGUUAGUGAACACCCCCUAGGCCUAGCAGAAUGAAAAAACCCUGAUGAAUGUAGAAUCAGGCGACAUUUGAAGAUGGCAGAACAGCCCCCACCCUUGUCACCUACCUCUUACAGAAUGUCUUCAAAGGCAUCAUAAUCAUUUUUACCCAUAAUACACAGUAGCUUAUUUUUACUGUUUGUAGAUAUAUUCUCACUUGGUAUGUCACUUUAUAUCACUUGGUUCUAUUAAAAAAAAUAUAUGUAUAUAUAUAUGUAUAUGUGUGUAUAUACAUAUAUAUUUCUAUAUAAAAAAAAUGUGUUUGACCAAAGUAGGUCUGCAGCUAUUUCAGCUUCUUCCAGUUUCCAGAAAAAGCUGUGGAUAUUUUACUGGAAAUUACGAACUUGCUGCUGUUUUAAGAAGAUUUAAUAUACUUUCAGACAACGGAGAUAAAAUUUUAGUCAAAAACCAUUUUGACAGCCAGCAUCUUCUGAGAAAUUCUGAAAAGAAAAAGGAUCUCAGCGUAUUUAGUCAUUUAAAUACAUACACAGAUCCAUCUUCUUAAACCUUUGACGGCCUGUAUUUUUUCAGGCAGCCAGCCAAAUUAAUGCAUAAUUAGGUUGUAGAAGUAGUGUUUGCGUGUGUGUGUGUGUGUGUGUGUGUGUCUGUGUGUGUGUGUGAUCGGUAUUCAAGAGUCUAAGAAUUAGUUUCCUCAUGUUAAAAUUUAAAAGGAAAAAAGCAUACUUCACCAUAUUUUCAAUUUAUAUUUUCACAAUUGCUUUCCCUUUCUAUGGCUCUCAUCUUAUAUCUCACAAUGUGUAAUAUACAUGCAAUACACACAGCAAAGAGUUUUCUAAUCACAUUCAACACUUUCAAAACUGGUAUACCUCUUACCAGCAAGCCUCUAAAAUGUUUGUUUUUGCUUGUUUGUUUUGUUGAAGGGUUCUGUAAAACCUAUAAUGUUUUGUACUUCUUGUCGACUUAGUUUAAUAAGAAUAUUAAAGAUCACUUAGUAGUUAGCCACAUCUAGAAGUGAUUAUCAUUAAUGUGGCUAGUGCAAAAAAAAAAGUGGUUAAUAUCAAUAAGACUGUUUCCACAUCAUAUAGGCAAUAAUUCCUUGUAUUUUUUAAAAUCCAAGUAAAUGAAUACUGCACUUAAGAUUUUUCCCAAUUGGAAAGCAUUUGGUUGUAUCAGUAAGUGUUUGAGUGAUGAAAUGUGAUGAUUUUUGAGGUUUGUUGCUUUUAUUUCCAUAGCCUGUCUAGGUAGGUUAUAAGAUUGAAUAGUUAGACAUGAAAAAUAUUUAUAAUCAUAUGCAUAAAAAUUGCUUUUUAGACAGUAAACUGUAUCCCUCCACCCCAGAAAAAUCCAAGGUGUUUCAUUGCAUUGGGAUUUCUUUUUCUUUGUGAAGUAUCACAAAGCCACUUAUCUUUAUAAAAUUGUAUAAUAAUCAUACCAAAUGUGCCUAUGGUGAAGAAUUGCAUAUGAGGAUGUUAGGGGACCAUUGUUUGAGUCCCCUUAAGCUCAUGAGAGUUUAUUUUUAUUAUAAGAUAUUUUUAAUAUAAAAGAAUUAUGUAAUUGAUCUUGCUAUAUCACAUUCAUUUCAGUGGACCAGGAGAAUGGGUGUCUCACUGCUUUAAGUACUUUCUUAAGAAAUUAUUUGAUAAAAUAAUGAUUUUACAAAACUGAUAAUCAUCUUUCAGAUUUUCAUAGACUGACUUUGCUUGAAACGUGGUCAUUUUUUCUUAAUAAAUGGUCAGUUAGACAGAUGAGGCCUAUACAAGACUGGUUGGUACCCUGCAUGUGAUGGAGGUCAACUAGAUAUCAGAGCAGGCAAUAAGGUCAUUCAAAUGAGUCAGAAAAACAAAAUUUAAAUCACGCUCAGAAUUUGACUAUGCAGAGAAAAUUAAUAGAGAGUCCAACAUUACUUUUUCCAAUUUUCAAAAUAAUUUUAAUCAACUAAUUCAAUUAUGACAAACUUUAUUUUUAUCUUUUGUGGGUAUAUUGACGGCAACAUUAAAAGAUAAUUGAAGAGUGAACAGGAUUGUCUCCUACUCUGCUUCUCUAUACUGUAUUCAUAGAUUUUUUUAAAAUAUGAUUUAUCAAUGAUUCAUUGUUCCCCCAAAUAAUGAAGUUUUACACUUUUCAUUGAAACAAUCCUAGAGAGCUUAGAACAAAUAAACCACUAUUCCAUGCCUUUAAGGAGUUUUCUUUAGUGUUUUUUGGAUUUUUUUCCCCUGCAUAUCAAUAGAUUGAGUAAGGAAUAUAUGUCUAAACUCUUGAGAAAAAUGAUUUAGACUGGAAACUAAAAUUAGAGAAAUGGAGUGUUUGGUAGAUAUAAAGAAUGAUAAGCAAAGGGAAAAUCCUCUAUAAUACAAUCUAAUUCAGUCCAGUUUGACUUUGAACUAUUCCUUUCACCUUCCCAUAGUGGCAUCUUGAAUAAAGAGCCUAGGAUUCAUGAUGCUAGGUCCUACUUUCUCAAAAAAGAGAUUUUCUGAAAAUGCUCAGGUUAGUAAGAAUCUAAUCUCACUCACAAAACUAAACACUCUAGAUUAAGUUUCGUUAAGUACACAGAGAAUCCAGAAGAAAAUAACAUUUAUUUCUUCUAGAACAGACAAGGUCAAAUUAAGCCCUGCCUUGUUGUUUAGAGAUUUAAGGGCAUAGCUUUAAUUUAUUCAACAAAUUCAAUUUACUUUGCCUUCCUGUGGAAACAGUUUUAUCCCUUCAAACUAAAAAUUAAGGGAUUAAUCACAAACAAACAAAAAAGUUGCAGCACUGAAAAAAAGUAAUUUAUUGUUUUUGCAACAGGUAUGUGAAUUUGUGUGAUAAAAUUAUUUAUUCUUUAUUUAACAAAAAUAUGUGCAAAUUCUAUAUUUAAAAUGUUUUGCUGUUGUCCUACUUUUUAAUUUAUGCUUCAUGUUUGUGUAUAAAUUACACUUUGUGAGUUUACAUAAUAUGCAGCACUGGUUGCUUUUGUAUUUUUUUACAGAAAGCUUUGUGUGUGAAACAGGUGUUUAUGUAUAUAUUCCUCAUGUAUCCUUAUUCUGAUACUAUAGUUUUCCUUUCUAAGGAAAUUUUAAAUUUAGUCUUUCAUGAUCAGUAGUGCCCAUUAUUUGUAGUUAUAUUAAUAGGUCUUUUAGUUUCCAUUAAUACUACGUUUUCCAAGUCACAAAUAAGAAAAACACUUAUUCAAGCAACUAAGGUCCACAUUUUAAACUUGGUACAUGGAUAGCCUGGAAGCUUCCCAUUGAAGCUAAGACACAGUUGAGAAUCAGGUCCAUUCAUUUCACUGAUAAACUUGGACAAAGAGUUGUUGAUGGAUUAUAUCAAAGUCGUGUACACAUAACUUCCAAGUGCUAUCAAUGACAAUAAAACCAAAUUUUGUCUUUCGCUGCUUUAGAAACACUCUUUAAAAAUUAACAUCAUGUAGUCUUUAGUGUCUAUAGGAAUCUACAGAGAAGAGUACACAUGUUGGAUUUAAAGGACUCAAAUGUUAGUCAUAACUUUCUACAAAUGUGCCACCUCCAUUGAUAAAGUGUGACCUUUUACUCCAUUGGUAAAGUGUGACCUUUUACUACUACUAAUGAAUCUCAUGGAAUCAUAAUAGGAUUUGGGGUUAGCAGGGACACCUCUGAUCAUAUUAGCUUGCCUCUGACAGAUUUCCAUCUGGUCACCCCAGGACACACAAUUGACCAGAUCAAUCUCUGGCUCUGAUGUUUCUCCCAUUGAUCCCUCCCUUAUUAAGAAGGUCAUUAUCCUGGUUUAGGUGAGAACAGCAGCCCAGAUUCAAAGAAGCACAGGACUUGUGCCAUGACUUAGUGUUCACUGUUUGUAAAAUAAGAUUGAAUUAAUGAUGACCAAAUCAUGCCAAGAGUUUACGGCUGAGUGUGAAAUCUCAUUGGCACAAUUGGUAAUUAUUAUCAAUCUAUUUAUAAUUAAACUUGAGGCCAUAAAAAUGUCUGAUAUUUUUUAACAUUUCAAAGCUACAAAAUAAAUGAAUAACCAUGAGUACAGAAAUGGUCAUCCAAAACUGUAAUAGAACCAAUUAGAGGGUCAAGGAGAUGUAUUAUUUAUACACAGAAAAGGAACUUGUAUGUUUUCUCUUAUUUUUCUCAUUUGCCAAUAAUCUGUAGUUUUAGGUUGUCAAACAAGUACAUCAAUUUAACUCACUAGUCCACUGGAAAAAAAGCAAUCUUCCUAAUAGCCUACCCUGCUAGCAUGAACUACAGAAAAGACUUCUCAAGUUACAGUUUUAUGAAACACAUCAAUCAAUAAUGCUUGUGUUCUAAUAAUUGUGUUCUAGUCAAUUAAUGUAUGGGGACAUAUUGAAACAAUAUCGGUGCAUUAGUGAAACAAAAAAUGGAAAUAGACAUGGUAUUCAGAUCAGAAAAGCACUUAAUCUGACAAAUGUCUUUCUGGUGCCAUGAUACUAUAACUUGCAAUGUAGAGUUUGUGGAAAAAAUAAAGGAAUAUGUUGUUAGAAGAUGUUGAUUUUAAGAGCGAAUAGGACUGAAAUGUAUGUAUUAGUCAAUCCAGUUAAUUGCACACUCCUAAUAUAUUAGCACUUUAGCAAUAAGUCUGCUCUCUGUGGUCCUCACCCCCCUAGCAUCACCAGCUGGUCCACGUGGAUGGCCAUAGAUCAAAUGGAAAAAACAAUAAUGGCUCAUUAUCCUACAAGGCACUGCCACAUCAGAGUGCCCUCAAGUCUAACACUGUGAGGAAAACUGUGAUUUGUAAAUAAAACAGAGCAUUCUUUUUUUUUUUUCAUUUUCCUUUGGUACAUCCAAUGAACAACUAAUUUUUAUUGAGGUGCUAUCAUCUUCAGUGAUCAACUGUCAAAUGUGGUAUUUCUGAGUUACUAUUUUAUUCUACAUGAUUUUUCAAUUUGCAAGAAAAAACUCAAGUUGUUUUCUUCUUUUCUUGUUUGGUUUGUUUUGUUUUUUGUCAAGGCUGGGCACGACUUGAUACUCAAGGUUAGGGAAAUAGCAUCUAAUGGUCAUUUUGAUCAGUAGUGUUCGGUGACAUAAGCUGUAUGUACAUCGAGGAUAUUUAAGGUGACAUCAAAACUUGAAGAGUGUCAGGCUGGAGUAGCAUAUUUUUAUAUGAGUCACGUUUCAUCACUUACUAAGACAUCAGCAUUCCUUUCAAACAUUCCUUUCAAACACACUUGUUUGGUUCUUACAUACAAACAAAAUUUUGUGUGUAUUUGGCCUGACUUUGUUUACGCUUUGCUAUAUUUUAUGUCCUUAGUAAACAUUUGGCUUCUAUAUCUGCCUUUGCUUUAACAAUUCACAAUGUAUUAGAAGCACUUCACCCCAUACUGAGAGCAUAUUGAGAAUAGAAGAUUACACUGCGUGUGACUUUGUGAGGUUAGACUUUUGAUUAAGAAAUAUAUUACUGUUUCCGGAUGGUGGUUAUGCAUUACACACUUAGGCAUGACAUAAAUGUAGGAAGUGACAAAUACUGCUUACAUUUUAGUACGACAUAUUUGUCAGAGAAAAUCAUGCACAUGCUUUGUAAAUAGAUUGCAGCAAACUAAGCAAAUUGGCUUUCAAGGUUGAGUAAAAUAUUAAAGAUUUACAUGUUGCUUAUAAUGCAAGAUGUAAAAUGUACUCGUAAGCUUCUUUCUACUCUCAAUUUUCCAGAAGUGAUGAUAUUUUUUCAGUAAAAAUAAUGCAGUUGAAAAACCAAAAAUCUUGGAAGACUAAGAUGGGUCUCGUUUAAAAUGUCUCUUCAGCUUUGGCAAAUUUCAAACCUGAAUCAACGAUUGAAAGUGUUAGUGUGUUUUCUUGCCUGCAUUCCACAAUAGUUCUGUUAUUCAGGUAAACCACUUGAACUGAGUCAUUUGGGAUCUUUAUUGUAAUAUUUUUCAUUGAGAAACAAUAUCCUAUUUUGUAAAGCAUUUCCCUAUGUGUGACUUUAAACUGUAAAAUUAAACAUUGGCUUUGUGGUUUCAGUGGGCAUAAUAAAUGUAAUUGUAAACUAGGUUAAAGUAUGUACUGCAUAUAAUAUGUUUUAGAGUUGAAAACUAUUGUCCACUUAAUUUAAAUAUUCUCAUAACAGCAGUAGGACCAAAUCAGGUUUUAAGGAAACUCGAAGCUCCAUGUAAUUUCUACCAUCCUUCAUCCACUUUGGCAUAAACAAUUAAUGCUUUCUCUGUCUUAGAGUACCAUGGAACUACUGCUUCAAGUUUUCUUAGCAGAUUGCUACCCCUAAGUCUGUCUAGUGUCAAAAUUCUGGUAUUAAAUUAGAAACAGCAAGCAAC